AUCCAGUCCGGGCUGUGCGGUGGAGUCAUCGACGGCUACCCCUGGUGCAAUGAUGGCUUAGCGAUGGCGAUCGAGGGUUUGGCUGUCAAUCUUCCAUGGUGCUCACGGGCGAACGCUCAGUACAUGGAGGGGGAUUGGCACUUUGGAUGCCUCCCCCAUGUGAACCAAAGCUAUUUCUGCUGUGGCGAUGAGCUGGUCGAGCUGCGAGAGCAUGGGGAGAAGGCGAUCGCGGGAGCUUGGAUGAUGUGAGGGCCGCCCUGCUAAGAACUCCAGGUAUGUGCUGGAAUUUCCACUUGGUUUCUUCAAGACUCCAGGAGUAAGCCAACAGUCCAUGAAGAACCCUUUGAAGGAGAGCCGUUUGGCACCGAUGCGCCAUGGAGGUUGCACAAGAGGUGCUGAUCUACCGAAAGAGGGCUCUCAACGAAGCGGCGGACCAGAUGGAUUCCUUCAGUCGCACCGACCUUUCACGCGGACGCCGCUGCGGUGCCAUGGCGAAGGCGCUGGAGUUCCUCGUUGGGAGCUUCAGCGAGGCCCGGGUGCUGGCGAUCGGAGGCCUGGAGAUCUUACGCUUCGGGAUGCAGGACCUCUCCUGCCAGGUCUGCUGGGCUGCGGAGGAGCAGCGCUCGCAGCAGAUCUUCCGCGUGGUUCGCCGGGACUUGGAGGCGGUGCUGCGACGCCUGGGCCAGCUGAGGUAUGACCUGCCCUCCUGGGAGCCAUGCCUACCAGAUUGGUGGAAGUCUUUGGCCGCUCCCUCCAAUGUGGUGAACGUGAGCGUGCGGAGGGCCGGCACGGUGGAUCGGAUGCGCUCGGUCAGGCAAUGGAUGGAGUCGAUCGCCGUGGCCAUGACGGCCUUAGCGGGAGAAUUCCAAAGCCUCUCCUACAUCCUGCAAACAGAGUCUGAUCUUCCACAGCUCUCAGAACCCUUGGAAGGCCGAAUUCAGGAGAUUCCUUUCCCAGCGUCUCUACCGAAGCCCUCCAUCCUGAUCACUCUGGACCACACCGACUCCGACCGCACUUGGGCCGACCUGGAGCAGCUCCGGAGCGCCGGCUGGGCGGUGGUGACCGCAGGGCUCCACGAGGCUUCGAGCAUGUGGCGGAAGUUCCCCUACGCGUGGCCCGGCAGCUCAGUGGCACUGCCGGGUGCACCCUCCGGUGUCAACCGCGCCCAGCGGUUGUGCUGUGAAGGACCGGUGGAGGUGAGCCAACUACUUCAGGGACAAAUCCCUGCAGGAUGCAUGUCAGCGCCUGUGGUGCCUCCCUUCGACCGAAAGGUGUUGGAUCGGCCAGCUGCACCGCGGGCGGUGAUCUUCAUAUGUCUUCACAGUACCUUCUGUGGUGGACAUGGAGAUCGCCUCUUUGGGCUGCUAUCGGCCUAUUUGGCGGCCCUGCUGUCUGGUCGCUCCUUCUUCAUCGACAUGCGCACGCCGCUGCCCCUGCCGAGCCUGCUACAUCCGCGCAAAAGGCCCUGGCCCGCGGUGUCCAGCGCCUGCGUGACGUACCGGUGGACCUCCGCGGAAGAUCCGAAGAGCUUGGAGGAUGACAUCCAACUCUUCAUGGAAGAUGACUCCGAGGUGGUGUGUAUUGCCUCGAACUUGCGGCUGUUUAAGGCCCUUUUGAGAUAUGAUACAUCAAGUGAUUGGGCCUUUGCACGUUCAGGGUUGCUCUCGGGACUCUUCCUGGACCUCUUCUCCUUGGCUCCAAUGCCCAGCUCCUUGGUCUCCAACUUCCUGCGACAGAUGCAAGGCCGUCAGCUGCUGGGCAUCCACUUCCGUGCGGGGAACGAGACCACCUGGUCCGACCCGGCGCGCCACGCGCUGAGCGACCUGGACCUGGCCUUGCGCUGUGCCGCUUCGGUGGAAAGCCACUUGAAGCUUCCGGGCUCCGCCUGGCUCUUGGCGUCCGACACCCUGAAGAUACGCCAGCACCCGGUGGUGGAGCAGCUGCACCGGGCGGGCAAGGUGGUGUAUCUGGAAGACCGACCGACCCACAUUGACCGAUCGAGUCCAGAGGUGGUGAGCAUCCUUCAAUCAUGGGCGGUUUGGUGGGUUCUGGCCUUUCAUACCGAGGCCCUCCUUUCGCAUUCCAACUUCGGGUGGAGCGCUGCGGAAAUCGGCCAACGGAGCGCGUUCCACUUCCCCAGCUGUCGCCCCGCAGACGUCAGCAGUCCCUGAGGGCUGGUGCACCUCACAGACUCGCAAGAGCUAGCUCUGAGCUGACGGGUCGCAGCCUGUUGUACACAUGUAUCCCUGGGAUGUGCUGUCUUUCUCAUGAAUGGCACCAAUACAAAAGUACGUAGCACUUCGACCUCGUGGUGCAUGCAGUUGCAGUGAGCAUAUGUGAGCGUUUCAGAGUCGUGGCAUGGCAUGACACGCUUGUGCCAAAGGAAAACCGUUGUGGAAUUGGUGUCCAUCAACAGUCGACCUUGGUGAGCCAUCAACAUGAUUCCGAAUGAUCCAACCGACGUCGUUGUCCCUCCAAAUGGGUGAACGGUCGGCAGCCCAACUUUUCCAUCGAGUCGGGAAGGGCUAUGCAGACUGCAGUUGAAACGGUCAAGGAGAAGAUGCAGAUGAUGAUGAUGAUGAUGAUGAUGAAGAAGAAGAAGAAGAAGACAAAUAAGAAGAUGAAGGGAACUGAUCAUCACAUGAGGUUGCAACAACUGCGG